AUGACCUUUGGUUUAACACUUUGGGAGCUCCUUUGCGGCAAGCGCGCCGUGAUACAGACUUCCGAUCACGACGAUGUGUUGGAUGUCUGCAGCGGACACGUCGUGGUCAUCGAUGCCGCGAACCAGGCGAAGUUUGAGCCAGGCAAGAGUGUCAAUGAUGCGGUCAAAACCGUCGGCCUCCGCGUCGUGGCGGCGGUGUUAGCGAAUGCGGAACCCGCGGUUAUUAUCGACGGGCAGCACGCGGCUCCGGGCGCUGGGAAACUCGGGAAAGCGCAUCUCCGCGCCCGCGCCUUGGGCGUCAACGUGCCCGCCGAGGACAGCGAAGCUAGAUAUAGGAGAGGCGCGGAGUGGUUCGAUCGAGACGCGCUCGGCGACGAGUUCCGGAGGUUUCGCGAGCGCGUGCAACACUUUUGCACUGCGAUGGGCAUUUACUGCCACUUGUGUCACGCGGCGUCGUCCGAGGCGGAGGCCGGCGGCACGUGGCUCACGCAGAGCGUGACGAUCAAUGGGACCCCGUACCCGGCCGCGAGUGUCGCACUGAUGGGCCUCGACAAGGACCAGCUCGCCUACGGUUGUGUGCGAUCGGUCGCCUGCUUGGAGAAUACCAAGCAGACGGGCGACUUCUUCUACCAGUUCGUCGAGCUCGACGACGUCCUCGCGCGCCUCGAGCUGCGCGGCGUCAGCGAGCUCCGCGCGCUCAAUUUUUGGCUGGGUCACAACGACCGCCCGCCGCCCGUCGAGAGCUGCCAGGCGCUCGCUGAUACGCCCUGGGCCUCCGCGACGGCGGCGGCGGCGGCGCUCCUGGCGAAUAAUGGGACGCUGAGCAAGAUCAUGCGGCGGCGGGUACUACGAGAGUGGAAAUAUCUGUGAUCUCGAGAGAGUCCAAACCGGCGACAAUAUUUUCACGCGUAUCCCCGCGCAGGUCAUUGUUCUGGGCCAGACGCUCGACUUUGUGCGGCGCUUCUCGGCGAAGGCGCGCGCCGCUGGCUACGAGGGCGCGCUCGAGGGGCUCGUUUAUCUCGCCGGGCGCGACGGCAACGACACCGCGGUCAUGGACACGCGGGACUACAACCGUUUUUUCGCGCCGGCGUUCGGCGCCCACGGCUCGCCGACGCGCGCCGCGAUGGCGCUGUCUUUGAAAUAUUAUGCCGAGGAGAUGAAGAACGGCGGCGCGCGCGCGCUCGUCGGCCCGGACGCCCAGCACGUCCAACUCCGCGCCGCGCGGGAGAGCUUCCGCCAGGCCCCGUUUCCGCAGGGAUUACUCGACGCCGAUACCGACGAAGAGGCGCUCGAGUGGCUGUCCUCCCAGUUCGGGGGCAACCUCCUGCCAGCCGAGGGGGAGACCGGUUAUGAGAGAGCCCUCGAGAAGGUCAAGGCCGUCCGAGAACUCCGCGAGGACUCUUAA